UAAUUAAUGGACAAAGCCAUUUAAUUAAUGCUCAAUGACAUUAUCGUCAUUGAUGUAGACAUGAAACCGCCACAACAUUCCCACCGCCGCAGUAUUGCGGCGCGGCCAAUGCCUCCGCCACCGCACCUGUUCUCUCUCUCUCUCUCUCUCUCUCCAACAGACAAAAUAAGAAACAAAUGUCCACAGAAUUUGUUUCUUGGAGUUAUGUGGGGCCCGAACCGCCAAUCGCCGAACUAAAGAAGAUAUGGUGUGGGGGGCUCUUGUCUGUUACACUGAAAACGCGUUUAUCAAAAAGGUAGAUGUGGUCCCAGCAAAAAAAUUACGCCCUCGUGUCGACUUUUCAGUGGUGGAUCUUCAAUAAGUAUCUGCACCUGAGCUCCACCCAAUCCCGCUGCCUGAUUCUCUCUCACAUAAAUUAAUACUCGAAACCAAAUUUCGUUAAAAAAUAUAUUUUUUUUUCUCCCGGAAAAUCUGAUCGAUAUGGAAGGCACCAGUUCGAGCGGCGGCAACCACCAGCCGCGGCUGCCGCCGGGCUUCCGCUUCCACCCGACCGACGAGGAGCUGCUGGUGCACUAUCUCAAGAAGAAGGCCGCCGCCGCGCCUCUGCCGGUGGCGAUCAUCGCCGAGGUUGAUCUCUACAAAUAUGAUCCAUGGGAACUCCCAAGUAAGGCAAGUUUCGGUGAGCAGGAAUGGUACUUCUUCAGCCCUAGAGAGAGAAAAUACCCUAACGGCGAGCGACCGAAUCGCGCGGCGACGUCGGGAUACUGGAAAGCCACCGGCACUGACAAGCCGAUCCUGACGGCUAACGGCACACAAAAACUCGGCGUGAAGAAAGCCUUGGUCUUCUACGGCGGCAAGCCGCCGAAAGGCGUGAAAACUAAUUGGAUCAUGCAUGAAUACCGCCUCGUCGGCGAUAAUUCCACCGCCAAUAAACCCCCUGGAAUAAAUCUCCCGAAAAAAUCGUCUUCACGGCUGGAUGAUUGGGUUUUAUGUCGGAUUUUCAAGAAAAACAGCCCGACUUCGUCUACGGAAGACUAUUCGAGGAUACCAGUAGUCCCCGAAAAAGCCUCUGAUUAUUCAAAUUUCUUUGACGGAAACCCGAUGCCGGCGGAGGAGACGAUGUUUCCGGCCAAGGAAUGGCAAGUUCACGACGACAGUUUGAACCCUAGCAGCAGCUCAAGUGAUCAUCACAGAAAUAUAUCUUACAUCUCAUUGCUUAACCAGCAAUACCCCCAAACAAUAUUCCACCAAAAUUCUCUUGUUAAUUCCGCAGGGGAUGAUGACGAUGAUACCGCAUUGCACCAAUCGUACCAACUCCCCACUUCACAAUUUCAAUAAACCCCAAUAAAAAAAUACAUACAUUACCCGGUAACGUUGCUACUCUUAUGUAUAUGAGCAUUUUUUUUGGCAUGUGAAAUAUAAUUUGUUUAAUUUAA